AAAUUGUCCCCGGAGAUGGUGAGUGAGAUGAGGAAGAAGAAAGGGUUUAUCUCUGCUAGGCCUCAAAAGGUGUAUCAUACAUACACAACUCAUAGUCCUAAUUUCUUGGGGCUUCACCAAAACUUUGGGCUUUGGCAAAACUCGAGCUAUGGGAAGGGUGUGAUCGUGGGGGUUUUGGACACCGGAAUCACGCCCAACCACCCGUCGUUUAACGACGAGAACAUGCCGCCGCCGCCGGAGAAGUGGAAGGGGACGUGCGCGUUUGAGGGGAGCGCGUGUAAUAAUAAGCUAAUCGGCGCGAGGAAUUUUGUGAGUGAGGUGUCUCCGCCGCCGCCGCCGGUGGAUGAGGAAGGGCACGGGACCCACACGGCCAGCACGGCGGCGGGGAAUUUCGUGGCGAAUGUGUCGGUGAUUGGUAGCGCGAAAGGGACGGCGGUUGGAAUGGCGCCGCUCGCCCAUUUAUCCAUCUAUAAGGUUUGCACGGAAGAUGGGUGCGCGGAAUCGGCCAUUCUGGCCGCCAUGGACGCCGCCAUUGAAGACGGCGUGGACGUGCUUUCUCUCUCGCUCGGCGGAGCCUCGGAGUCUUUCUUCGAAGACAGCAUCGCCGUGGGCGCCUUCGCCGCCAUGGAGAAGGGCAUUUUCGUGAGCUGUGCGGCGGGGAAUGACGGCCCGGAUUACUCCACUUUAUCCAACGAAGCUCCAUGGAUUCUCACAGUCGGGGCAAGCACAAUAGACCGGACAAUUAAAGCCACGGCCGUGCUAGGAAACGGGGAACAAUUAUCCGGCGAAUCGGCUUUCCAGGUCCACAAUUUCCCACCCACUUUAUUACCUUUAGUAUACCCGGGCGCAAAAGAUGAAGACGCGGCGCUGUGCGGGGCAGGCUCGUUGGACAAGAGUGAUGUGAAGGGGAAAGUUGUGUUGUGUGAUAGAGGGGGUGGGAUUGCCAGGGUGGACAAGGGGAAAACAGUGAAGGAAGCAGGUGGGGCCGCCAUGAUUCUUGUGAAUCAGGAGAUAGAUGGGUACACCAUUCUUGCUGAUACUCAUGUGCUUCCCGCCACAGAAUUGAGUUACAAUGAUGGGUUGAUUGUAAAAGGCUAUAUAAACUCCACUACUACUACUAACUCUCCCCCCACAGCCACAAUUGUGUUCAAAGGAACAAUUAUUGGCACCAAAACUGCCCCAUCUGUUGCAUCAUUCUCCUCCAGGGGACCUAACAGUGCUAGCCCUGGAAUCCUCAAGCCUGAUAUUCUCGGCCCCGGGGUCAACAUUCUUGCCGCCUGGCCAUUUUCUGUCGAUAACAACACUAGUAAUAAUGGAAAUGCAACUUUCAACAUUAUAUCCGGGACAUCAAUGGCAACUCCCCACCUUAGCGGGAUCGCGGCGUUACUCAAGAGCGCGCACCCAGAUUGGUCUCCGGCUGCUAUAAAAUCCGCGAUCAUCACUACCGCGGACCAGUACAACCUAAACGGCAGCAAGAUUCUCGACGAAAGGUUGGUUCCUGCUGAUGUUUUCGCCACGGGUGGGGGCCACGUGAACCCUUCAAGAGCUAGUGAUCCAGGGCUCAUAUAUGACCUCAACCCUGAUGACUACAUCCCUUACCUGUGUGGACUCAACUACACAGACCAGGAGAUCCAACAGAUUGUGCAACGCAAAGUUGAGUGUUCCCAAGUUACAAGCAUACCUGAGGCACAACUUAACUACCCUUCAUUUGCUAUUUGGUUGGGACAAACCAGUUUGACAUAUUCCAGGACAGUUACCAAUGUUGGUGAGGCAAACUCAAUGUACACUGUUAAGGUGUCUCCGAUUCCAGGGGUUGAUGUUGGGGUCACGCCGGACACUCUGGUUUUCACUGAGGUGAACCAAAAACUCACUUACAACAUCUCCUUUAGCCCAUCAUCCACACCAGUGGAUGAAGAUAUGGUUCAAGGGGCUAUUGCCUGGGUCUCCCAGAACCACAUUGUGAAAAGUCCCAUUGCUCUUAUUUUCCAAUGAGGCCCCAGUUGAGAGGACAUUUGACACGGUGGGAGUAUUUCACCGCUCUAAAUGCCUUAGAAGUGACCCUAAAGGUGGACCGAACCGAUUACACUUGACUAGUUUAUAUACCUUUUUUUUUUUUUAAUAAAAUAAGGCUACAAGCUACUAUUGUAUUUGAUUCUUAUAUUUGCUUUGAUUACCUGGUUAACUCGGUUUUUUACCCUUGAAAUAAGAAUUUAAAUUUUUUUUUCCGUUGUAUUUUAUACAUAAUAGAUCUUUGAA